ACCAAACGGUGGAGAACAGACAGACUGGUUGGUUGGGGACCGAGAGAGACGCCGCCUGACUUUCUCCAGCUGCUCCAAGGUUGGAUCAAGAGGUACACACAGACUGCGGAAGGCAACAGAGACCUGGUAAAGAAGGGGUGACUACAUGCACAGUUGUGUUUGUCUGUAGAAGACCAGAGUAUCAGAAGGAACCAUGAAUUUUGUGAUGAAGCAAGCCUUAGGUGGGGCCACUAAAGACAUGGGGAAAAUGUUAGGAGGAGAGGAGGAGAAGGAUCCAGAGGUCGCGAAGAAGAAGAAGGAGGAAGAGGAGGAGAGACAGGAGGCACUGAGACAACAGGAAGAGGAGAGGAAGGAUAAGCACCGGAAAAUGGAGGCAGAAAGAGAAGUAGUACGACAGUCCAUCAGAGACAAGUAUGGACUGAAGAAGAAGGAGGAGAAGGAGGCGGAAGAGAAGGCAGCCAUGGAGCAGGCCUGUGAGGGGUCUCUGACACGCGCCAAGAAGGCCAUCCCAGCCGGGUGCGGAGACGAGGACGACGAGGAUGAGGAGAGCAUUCUGGACACCGUCCUCAAGUUCCUCCCUGGACCUCUGCAGGACAUGUUCAAGAAGUAAUGAACACAUCAACAAUAACAACACAUGGUUCGGUCCAGCCAGGGGAGGGGAGA